GCACUGAUGGGGUCAGGCGGGAAAAUGUAGAUGCGCGGGCCUUUCUGGCCGUCGGCGUAGGCAGUGAUGCCCAUCUCAUUUUUGUGCGCGGAGGCAGACACCAUCAGAAAGGCGGACGGGCACUACACGGCCCUAGGUUUGCUAGAGGGAGCUGUAUUGCCUCAGUACCCUGGCUUCGCCAUCAAAGGAGGAGGGAGCAGGUGGCGACGAGCUGAACUGGGCUGGUUGACCAUUCGGCGCGAGAAUUUUUAUUUUUUUCAGACCAAGAACCUUGAGUGCAAUGAGGGAGAAAGCGAGAAACGGACUGGGAAGGACAGCAACGAUAACUAACGUGUACGGACGGAGCAGGUCCAGCGGCAUUUUGCUCGGGCUGACUACAGAGGCGCCGGAUGGAGCAGUGGCACCGGAGCAUGCGGGCGACAUCGACCCGUGGCGCACGGACAAACAUUUNUCACUGCAGUGCCUAACACAGACGAUCGGGAGAGAUUCGGACAGCACUUCAGACAGCAGUAUGCUGUAGUCGGCAAUCUUCCGUUUUGGUAUAGAGUGGGACAGGGAGGGGGUGAUGCUACUGCUGUAGUCGAACGGUGGGACGGACGUGCAGUUCAGUUUUUGGGCACGCAUACGGUGCUGCAGGGAUUUUUAGGUGUACCUCUUUGGGCUCUUGGAUUCCUUUUUCUCGUUAUAUGUGUGCGUGUUCUGUAGAUCCU